UACCUUUCUCUUCGUCUGAACAAAUGCAUCACAUCCUUUAACACAGAGUUCAAAGGGAGAGAGGGCCCUCCUUAAUUAGAGCUCUGUUAAUAAAUUAAUUAAUCACUGAAGAAAUAAAAUAUUAAUAAUAACAAAUAAAAAAAAUGGGUGACUCCGACGGUAAUAAGAAGAAGAUUAUCGUCGGCGGGAUGGCCUCAGUCCUUCUCGUGGCCAUGGUUGUUUGCGUCACCAUCGGCGUUUCCGGCAGAAACAGCGGCGGCGACGCCGCUGCAUCCAACAGCGGUGGAGGCGGCGUUAGCACCAGCACCAAGGCGGUUCAGGCGAUUUGCUCUCCGACGGAUUACAAGGAGACCUGCGAGAGCAGUCUCGCCGGCGCCAACACCACCGACCCUAAGGAGCUGAUUAGGUUGGCUUUCAACGCCGCCGUCAAUAACAUCGGCGACGCCAUAAAAAACUCCACACUCUUCAAAGACGCCGCCGCAGAUAGCAGCACCAAAGACGCGUUUGAUAUCUGCGACGACGUGCUCGGUUCCGCCAUCGACGAUCUGAAAAGAGCCGGCGACAAAGUCGGUGAAUUCGACGCCACCAAGGUGGACGAAUACGUGGAGGAUCUGAAGGUGUGGCUGAGCGCCGUCAUCACUUACCAGGAAACAUGCAUCGAUGCCUUCGAGAACACCACCGGCGACACCGCCGAGAAGAUGAAGAAUCUGUUGAAAACUGCCAGAGAAUUGUCCAGCAAUGGUCUCGCUAUGGUUUCCGAUGUUUCAUCCAUUAUUGGCCAGUUGCAGCUCGGAAACCUAGGCGGCAGCACCAGCCGGAGGCUGCUCUCCAAGGAAGAAAGAGUUUUGUACGGCGGCGAUCCCACCGACUACGCCCCCGGAGAGGACCCCUACUGGAUAAAAUCCCCUCAUUCCAGAAGACUACUUUCCGCCGCCGCCGCGCCGUUGAAGCCAAACGCCGUCGUUGCACUGGACGGAUCCGGCCAAUUCAAGACAAUCAAAGACGCAAUCAACACCAUCCCAAAGAAGAACACCCAGCCAUUCGUCAUCUUCAUUAAGGCUGGUCUGUAUAAGGAGCAUGUCGAAAUCCCGAAGAAGGUGAACGGAGUUGUGAUGAUCGGAGAAGGACCUUUGAAGACCAGAAUCACCGGCAGCAAAAGCUACGCCGGCGGUGUCAAGACUUUCCAUACCGCCACAGUCGCCGUCAACGGUGAAGACUUCAUGGCCAAAGACAUCGGAUUCGAGAACACCGCCGGAGCAGAGGGGCACCAGGCGGUGGCACUCCGCGUCUCCGGCGACAGAGCCAUAUUCCUGAACGUGGCAAUCGACGGGUACCAAGACACACUGUACGCGCACAACUACCGACAGUACUACAGAGACUCCACCAUCUCCGGCACAAUCGACUUCAUCUUCGGAGACUCACUCGCCUACUUCCAGAACUGCAAGUUCAUCGUCAGAAAGCCAAUGGAAAACCAGGCAUGCAUGGUCACAGCACAGGGGCGCGUGGACCCACGCAGCGUCGGAGCAAUCGUCAUCCAGAACGGUGACAUCACCGCCGAGCCAGCUUUCCUGGCGACAACACCGCCGAUCGAUGCAUACCUAGGCCGGCCAUGGAAGGAGCUCUCAAGAACAAUCAUCAUGCAGACAAAUAUCGGCGGAUUCAUUGCACCAGAGGGAUGGUCGCCAUGGAUGGGUAACUUUGCAUUGGAUACAUGUUACUAUGGGGAGUACCAGAACCGUGGAGCCGGGUCGGGUCUAGCGAAACGGGUCACGUGGAAGGGUAUCAAGAAAAUAACACCUGAGAUUGCUCUGAGCUGGACAGCUGGACUUGCCUUCAAAGGUGAUGACUGGAUCAAGAGCUCCGGUGUUCCGUAUAAUCCUUCCUUCAUGCAACCUUUAUAAUUAAUUAAUUUUUUUAUUUUUUAUUUUUAUAUAUACAUUUAAUGGUUAAUUCCAUUUGUUGUAAUGUAAUCAUGAUAUAAGAAUUCUUCAGUGAGUAUAUAUAUAUUUUUUGUUUAUGAUAUUAAG